CAGAAACAAUAAAAAUUCAUCAACGCUUCCUAUCAGCUAUGGCUCCCUCAAUCCUCAUCGCCGGCGCAACGGGCAACACCGGGCGCAGCACGACAGAGACCCUCUCCAACCUCCUGCAGGUGCCUUCCUCGCCCCUUGCCAACUACCGAAUCCUCGCCCUCACCCGCUCCACAACCAGCUCCAUCGCGCAACACCUCGCAAGCCUUCCAGGCGUCGAAGUCAUCGAACAAUCCUGGACCGAAAUCACUCCUGAAUGGCUCCUUGCCCAAAAAGUAGUUAGAGCAUUUAUAGCGCCGCACAACAAAACUACCCAAUUCGCUGACGAAUCAACCUUCCACUUAUCGCUGCGCGAUGCGGGUGUGAAAUACGUUGUUCGAAUCUCAACGACCGCCGCGCAUGUGAGCCCCGAUUCCAUUGCGUAUUAUCCGCGUGCGCACUGGGCGAUCGAAACCCUUCUCGGGGCAACGGAGUUUGAGAAUUUGCACUGGACGAGUCUGCAGCCAAAUGUUUUUCAAAUAUUUCUCUUUUCUGCCGCGCAGUUUAUCAAAGAGUUUCGCGAGACGGGACAGCAAGGGGCGUUGAAAUUGAUAGGGUCGAAAGAUACCCCGGUUGGGGUUAUCGAUUCUGAUGAAGUCGGUGUCGUCGCGGCGAAUCUGCUCGCGCAGGCGGAUACUACUAAGCACAACAAGAAGAAAUACGUCCUCAAUGGACCCGAGGAGAUCACCGGGGAGGGGAUUCUGCGUCUCGUCGAAAAUAUUAUCGGGGUACCUGUCAAGAACGUCAGUUACCAAGAUCGGUCGUGGCUUGAUGAUUUUCUUGAGGCGGAGUAUAUGGGCCCUGGCAUCUCGCGCAAUGUAGUUCUGUCUAUGAAGCGGGCGGCGGAGAAGACGUGGGAUGGAAGUUUCUCGACUGUUCCCACCAGUCAGGAAGUUCUGGAGCUUGCUGCGCCGCGGAGGACGCCGGAGGAGAUGCUGGAGACCUUGCUGGAGGCUUAGAAGUGUGAGCAAAGCCCAGCUAGAGCAAAGCCCAGCUAUAGGGCCGGGUAACUGGCUGUGCUUCAUUAUACCGUGACAUAUGCAUCUGUGGAGGGUACAUCCUCUUAGUUGGAGCAUCGUCCAGUGAAG